AUUGUCAAGUCACCACCACCACCAAUGGUGAAGUCACCACCACCACCAAUUGACAAUUCACCGCCGCCACCACCAAUGAUCAAGUCACCACCACCUCCAUCAUUACCAAAAGGCACUUGCCCUAGAGAUACCUUGAAGUUGCAAGCAUGCGCAAAUGUGCUGAAUUUGUUGACAAUCUUUGUUGGUGAAAAAGAAAAGGCCAAAUGCUGCAGCCUCAUUGAUGGUCUUGUUGAUCUUGAUGCUGCUGUUUGCCUUUGCACUCGAAUCAAAGUUGAUCUCUUGGGCGUUAUUAAGUUAGAUGUUCCUGUUGCCGUGGAGUUGUUGCUCAACGAAUGCGAUAGGAAGGUCGCAAAAGAUUUCAAGUGUCCGCCCUCCUAAGUCCUUCAGUUUAAUAAAUUGCCGCGUAUAAUUUAGCUUUCCUUGCUGUCUCUCCCCACCUCAUUUUAUUUUUCUUUGGACUUUAGCAAGGCUUUUGCUGGCUCGUGCCAUAAACAUUGCUAUAUCAAUAAACGCUGUAAUUUGAGAUUAGUGUAGUGACUAGCUUGAAAGGCUCGUAAUCUAUUUCUAUUAUGCUGCAAUAAU